AUGUCAAAUCAUCCGAGCCUCCCCAGCCUAGAUUUCGGCGAAAUCGACCUCACCCCACCGAGCUUAAGACGGCAAUCUCGGCCUUACACCAAACCAAUAAAUCACGAAUUUGGGUCCAUACCACAACUUCCUUCCUCGUUCAGUGAUGCAUCUUCUCUUCUCGAUUCCAGCAGUCGUACAUCAGACAUAGCUAUAAAAUCAAUCUCAUCGCGAUCCCAAGCGAAAGUCCAUGAUAUUCGCCAUCGUUUGAUGGAGUAUUAUGUUGACUGGAAGUGGGAAUUCUUUGCAAGCCUUAUUGUUAUUGCCUGUCCAUUCAUUAUUGUCGCGACAUUGUACCCCAAUGCAGGAAAACCUUUGCCAGAGUGGCCAUUCCAAAUAUCGAUCAACACACUUCUAUCUAUCUAUGGUCUUGUGUUCAAAACGUGUCUGACUUUCAUUGUCGCUUCAUGCAUUGGACAACUUCAAUGGUUUUGGUUUUCUUCCCAUCGUCCACUUUACGAUGUCGUUUGUUAUGAUGGAGCAACUCGUGGGCCAUGGGGCUCUAUCCACUUGCUUUGCUCUGAACAUAUUCGGAAUCCGCUGACUGGACUUGGUUCCGUAAUACUAAUAGCUGCCGUUGCCAUUGACCCUUUGAUCCAGCAAGUGGUAAUGCCAUACGAUUGCAGCAUAGCACUACCGAAUCGCAACGCGACGUUGCCCAGAACCAAUCAGGUAGACCUUUUUCAAAUCUUCGAGGACGAGGACAUGUCUCUCGGGUUACCAAUUAAAUCUGCUAUUUACACCCCGGAGAACUGGAUGACCUGGCAGUGCGAAACAGGAAAUUGCACAUUUUCAGAUACAUAUCGAUCAUUGGCAUACUGCAGCAGCUGUGAAGACAUAUCGGAUGAACUCAUCUUCGAGACUACCUGUUAUGAUAAACAGACAAACAUUAAUAUUACUUCUGGAACAGAAUAUUGCGCUGGAGUUUUAGGCUCUGUUGCAACAACUAGUCUUUACGUGGGAAAAUAUCCUCCUGACCAGGAAGCCCCAUGGGCAGGUUUUUGGAUAAACAGGACAAUUGACGAGACAUCAAGCUCUACGGGUCCCAUGCACAACACACUUGCCACAUCGUUAAUUUUCAGCAAUUUAGCUCGUCGCUGUCAGGAAAUUUAUAUCAUAGUUCCGAGGACCAUAGAUCCAACUAAACGAGAAUCAGACCUUGGGGGACCUUGGAUAUAUCCUAAUAUGACAAUAGCAUCAAAUCCUUGGCGGCUUCAAGGAUACGGUGCAGCUGUAUGUUCGCUACAGGCGUGUAUUCGCACCUACAAGGCGAAUAUUAACGGUACUCGGCUUACUGAACAAUUAAUUUCUAGCAGCGCAAUUGACCCUUGGGGUUUCAUUCCAGGACUUGAUGAUGGAUUCGAGGCUAGCGAUAACAAUUGGAUAGGAAUGAUUGAUACACAUUGUAUAUCGGAAAGAGAAAGAGGUGGAUUGUCAAAACAAGGCUAUAAUAUCGACAGCUCUUCACAAUGGCUUCCUUUUAACAGGUCUCACAGCCCGUCUCCGGUCGAAGAUGAUCUAGUCUCGUCUCUUUCCUCACACCGUUGCUUGUAUCUCAUGACAGAUAUGACCAUGAACAGCUUUGGAUUCAUGUCUAAUGUGGUGGGCAGCAGUUUUAAUCGCGAUGUGUUGAGUUUAGAGUCGUUCACGGGCAUUAUGGAAGGGCCCGGUAUUGAAGAAGGAGGUAAAAGGCAUACUCAAUUUUCUGACGUGGUUGGUCCUCGAAUGAUGCUGGACUUGUAUGACAGCGGCUACAUUGAAUUUGAAAAUAUCGAGGAAACAUUUUCAAAUGUAUCAGACAUAACCACAGCGUGGAUACGAACGCAUGGAAGCAAUAACUAUUCAGAUCCUGCUGUUGGGAAAGUUCUAAACUAUGCAACAUGUUUGCGCGUUCAAUGGCUAUGGAUAGCAUUUCCAGCAACAUUGGCAGUCCUCUCACUAGUCUGUCUCGUGGCAGUGAUUGUCGUUAUGGAUAGACAGCAAGUACCAAUAUGGAAAUCCUCACCGCUGGCAUUGAUCAUGAGAGGAUCAAACAGAGAGUUUUGGUGCAAACCUACCGCCAACGCGAUGGAGGAGAGGUCUAAGGAGAUCACUGCCAUUCUUAUAAAAGGGUCUGACCCACAAAUUCAGGUUGUGCGAAAAGAUUUCGGGCUUGUGAAUAUAGGCAAUGGAGAAGGAAAUAAUUCUAGUCAAACUUUAAAUGGCGACGCGCAGGAAUGA